AUGUCGCUCGCUCGCGCUGUCACCAAGCGUCUCAAGCGGUCAGAAGCGCCGCCAACCCGCAGCCAGAGUGUCCGAAAUCCAACUCAGGUUGACCGUGCCAAAAUCUCCCUACCUGUAGCUCUAGUCUCGACGACCAACAUGCUCAGCUACAACGCCCCGGAUCUCGGUAUUAUGAGGAACGUCUCGUCGUCGACUGCUUCAAGCCGCUCAUCGGCAGACGACUCGGACAACAGUUUAUCAGGACGCUCUCGCGCGUCCUCCCACAGCUCUACAGAUGCCUCCUCUGUCACCUCUUCUCCUACCUCGCCAGCGCCAAAUCACCUUUCCGGUUACUUCCCUGGCAAGCAACUCCGAAAAUCUGCCUCGACAACCAGUCUUCACCAGGUCAAGGAGGAGCACGUAGAGGCCACUCCGGCCAUUCCAACAAGGGCCCUCUCCCACAGCAAGCGCGCCCAUGAGCGACUGGCUGCAAAGCGGUCCAUGCAAAACAUGAAUACGCGCUCUAGCCUCAACUCGCGUGGUAGCUCGGUAUCACUGCGACACUCGCGCGAGCAGCGAUCCUCCAUGGACAUGUUCAAAGGCGCGAUUGAAGAGGAGGACCACCCCUUUGGCCGAGAGCUAGAGCAGCUCAACGAGAUCGCUGAAGAGUUCGGCGGCGUAAUCCGGGACGCUGAAGCAGAGGCGGACCUGAGUGCUAUGCGCUCAAAGAACCUGGCAGCUUUCUGCGCCGCCGACUACCUCUCAGAAAUCCAACCGCUUUUCAGCAUGAGGUUCGGAAUCCCGCACCAAGCAGCACCCAUGGCUUGGAUUUGA